UCUUAAUCAUUUACGCGAGCGUCGCGGGGAGAAAAAAGAACCUGAUUUAUUUCGACGCCUCUGGCGUAAGAAAGAGAUUUAUACAAUUUUUCGCUUCCGACGUUGUAAUCCAAUAUGGCUGCGAUGAGCGAUGAGAAGUCUUGAAAGGAUAAAAAUGAAAUGCAGACAUAACGUAUCGCGUUGUCCGAAAACGUCGUAGCCUUAGAUAAAUCUAUCCGCAUCUAUUCUCUGUCUUCCGAAUAGAACGAAGAAGUGGGAGAUGUGACUACUCGCUAUAUAACGAGGUCUUGGCUGGUAUGGACGCUUCUUUAAUUUUCCCUCUCUCUCUCUCUCUCUAUCUCUGCCUCCCAUUCUUCUUCUCCCUCCUUCUAUCUGGUGACGCGUGCACGGGUAACACGCAUUCGUACACGCGCGUACUUAUCGCACGAAUGUGACGAUGCAAGCGUAUUAUGUACAAUGGAGAGCGAGAUAAAAAGUGGUAUUUAUCUCAUGUCAGCUCGCUAGAGAUCGACAAAACUUUUUUUCCACGAAUACGGCUCAUGCUCCAUGUGGUGAUUUUCGUUUGUCAUUCGGUGUCACAUGUUAUACACUGAUGCGGUUCGUGUUUCUCCGAUAAGUUCGCAACAUCUCGUCUUCUGAUUACGCUCGAUAAUUUGAUUUACCCUGAAAAUACGGUGCAGUACGGUGUUAAUCGGAAUUAGAAACUUUGUCUCCUUCCCUCUCUCCCUUUCUUUCUCUCUCUCUCUCUUUCUUCCCCCUCUUAGGGUUCGGAACGUCACAACGCGCCGCACCACGACUCGGUUGAACUCGACUCGACUCCACUCCACUCGAUCAGGCUCGUAACAGUCGCGACUAAACUUGCGUGCAGCUCGCCACGUGCGUUCUCGAUGCAUCGCGCGAGUGUCUCGUAACUCGCGAAGCAGCGAAUUUUGCGCCGUGCACGGUUCAUUUUUCCAAAGCUCGCUUAACGAUGUGACUUUCCAAAAAAAAAAAAAUAGAAGAGAAAAAAGCGAUCAGUGCGUAGACGAAGCGAUAAAGAAACGAUGAAACGCGAUUUCUCUCGUUCGACAACAUUCGCCCGAAUUCGAAAACAUCGAUGAUUCAUGUCGAGCGUGAUACUCGCGAAAGAGAGAGGAAAGAGGGUAUGGGCAGCUCCGGAAUCUCAUGAUAAAUCGAAUUCAUCGAAGAAUAAACGCGCCUUUCGAGCAGCGUGAAAUCUUACGCGCUUGUUUACUUUAUAAUAGUGUGUUUUCUAUCUCCGUUCUCGAGUUCACGAUUAGAAAAUUGUCUUUAAAGCUGGACGGAUUGUAACGGAUUCAGUUGACUUUUCCGUCGUCGGUUUCCGUCUUGCGAACGUCGCGAACGGAACGAGUCGGGCAACUCGCGCGUAUACAUAUAUAUCAGGCGCGAUAAGAUGUGACCAGGGCGGGUUGCAAUCGGUUUCCCAGAGCGAAACGAGCAUAUUCGCCGAGCGUCGACGUAACUAGGCAGCUGCGAUCACUUGGUCGAUCAUACUUUAAAGCUCUCUCUGUAGCCCCAGUCCGGCCACGUGUCGAUGUUAUCGGAUAGAAUUCGCACGUAGGGUGCGAUUAUGCGAACGAGUUCAUUCAUCGUGCGGAUUCCAGCUCGCCGGAAGUGACGACGACUUCCUCGCUGCGUGCUAUUGGUGGUGGUGGUGGUGCGCGCACACAGUGUAUCCUCCAGUCGCGCGUGAGUGCAUCGUGCACGCACGAACGCACGCAACAAGCGCGCGUACACACGCGCGUACAUACGGACACGUGCGCGCGCGCGCUCGCUCUGACCUAGAGGAAGCAAAAGGAGAAGAAAGAGAGGAUGUCGACUCGCCGCCGAGCGACCGCGACCGCGUCGUGCGGCGAGAUGCAGCGUCCUGUUGUCGGUCGACGGUCAGUGGCUCUUUGAAGGUUUCGUCUUAUCGACGAUGGACAGGAUCGGUCGAGCGGACGAUUGUACGGGAGAGAUCGUGCUUCGUGUCGUUGUUAUUGUUGUUCCUCGACGCCGCGCUCGCCAGCACGAUUAUGCAGUUGAAGAAAGCGAUGCUUAAGAUAUUCGAUCAAUGCCUGCACUUGCGGAGCAUCGAGGAGCCGAGGAUGACGGCGGAAACGGCGGCUCCCUGCGUACAGGGGGUGCAAGGAGCACAGAGCGGCAUGGUCAACCAGAGUAUGUUGCAACAGGUGCAAGAUGGAAGUGGCGGCAGCGGUGGCAGCGGUGCUUAUUACUCCUCGACGUCGACGGUGUACGAUCCGGAGUACGCUCGUAUGGAGGCUUGGCUCGACGAGCAUCCCGACUUCGUUAACGAUUACUUUUUACGGAAGGCGACACGACAGACUGUAGACAUGUGGCUGGUGUCACACGCGACGCCGACUUCGUCGUCCAGCAGCUGCAUGGAGCUCUCCAGCCCGACUCACGGCGGCAACUCGUCCUCCGGACGUGGUGGUGGUGCCGGGGGUUCGGGAGCCACGACACCCGUGCGCAAGAUCUCGGCGCACGAAUUUGAACGAGGGGGCCUUCUCAAACCGAUCGUCAACACGAUCGACGGAACGCCGACCUUUUUGAGCGUAUCGCCAGGUGAGAUGGGUCAAUCGGGUAAUGCCCAGGUCGGAUCCGGUAACUCGAAUCGACCUCAGAGACGAUCCAGGCACGAGCUCAGGCAUCUCGACGAGAAGGAUCUCAUUUUCGAGUUGGUCAAGGACAUUUGCAACGAGCUGGAUGUGAGAUCGUUGUGCCAUAAAAUCCUGCAGAAUGUGAGCACGCUUCUCCACGCGGAUCGCGGCUCACUGUUUCUCGUCCAGGGCGAGAGAAGCGGUACCACCGUCAGUGUGUCGUCUUCUCAUGUCGAAAAUCACGAGAACGCCGUGAACGACAUUGAAAACGGGGUUCCGCAACGUAACGAUCAAUCCUCCUAUCCGAGGAGCCGAUGUCUAGUGUCGAAGCUCUUCGAUGUUUGUUCGAGAUCGACGUUGCUGGAGAUGGAAAAGAAAGAUGAAAUUAAAAUUCCCUGGGGCACCGGAAUCGUUGGCUACGUUGCUGAGAGCGGGGAACCCGUCAAUAUACCAGAUGCUUAUAAGGACUCCAGGUUUAAUCGUGAAAUUGACGCAUUAACGGGAUACCGUACGCGUGCCUUACUGUGCAUGCCUAUUAAAGAUUGCAAUAGUGACGUCAUCGGCGUAGCACAGGUAAUCAACAAGCUCGGCGGCGAAGGACAAUUCACAACGCAGGACGAAAAGGUUUUCGCCGGUUACUUACAGUUCUGUGGUAUCGGCUUAAGAAACGCGCAGCUUUACGAGAAAAGUCAAUUGGAAGUGAAAAGAAAUCAGGUUCUAUUGGAUCUGGCUCGAAUGAUUUUCGAGGAACAAAGCACGAUAGAGCACAUGGUUUUGAGAAUUCUUACGCAUACGCAAUCGUUGAUUCAAUGCCAACGUGUUCAGGUGUUGCUCGUGCACAAAGCUUCAAAAGGCAGUUUCUCGCGUGUCUUCGACUUUGAGGCAAACGAUCUCGCUGGCGAGGAUUCUGAUUCUCGUACUAGUCCGUUUGAAAGUAGAUUUCCUAUUAAUGUUGGCAUCACGGGUUACGUAGCGACAACCGGUGAAACUGUCAACAUACCAAGCGCUUAUGAGGAUCCGAGAUUCGAUCCGUUAGUGGAUGAUGGUACCGGUUUUAGGCAUCGUACAAUUCUUUGCAUGGCCAUCAAGAACUCCUCCGGUCAGAUAAUCGGUGUCAUUCAGUUGAUCAAUAAAUUCGACGAUUUGCUUUUUACAAAGAAUGAUGAGAAUUUCGUCGAGGCGUUCGCGAUAUUCUGCGGGAUGGGGAUUCAUAAUACGCACAUGUAUGAGAAGGCUGUGAUAGCAAUGGCGAAACAGAGCGUCACUUUGGAAGUAUUGAGUUACCAUGCAUCGGCGUCGUUGGAAGACGCGCAGCGAUUGAGGAAUUUAAGAGUUCCGUCAUCGGUGCAUUUUCAAUUGCACGAUUUCAAGUUUGACGAUAUACACAUGGAGGAUGACGAGACUCUCACCGCGUGUCUCAGAAUGUUCCUCGAUUUGGACUUUGUCGAACGGUUUCACAUCGAUUACGAUGUACUUUGUCGUUGGUUGCAGAGUGUGAAGAAAAACUAUCGAAACGUUACGUAUCACAAUUGGCGACACGCCUUUAAUGUGGCUCAAAUGAUGUUUGCUAUUCUGACAGCUACGCAAUGGUGGAAGAUCUUUGGUGAAAUCGAAUGUCUUGCGCUUAUCAUUGCCUGCUUGUGUCACGAUCUUGAUCAUCGUGGAACAAACAAUUCUUUUCAAAUAAAAGCCUCUUCGCCAUUGGCACAGCUAUACUCGACCUCAACGAUGGAACAUCAUCACUUUGAUCAAUGCCUGAUGAUCUUGAGCAGUCAGGGCAAUCAAAUUCUAUCGAAUGUUUCACCGGAAGAAUAUUCGCGCGUAGUAAAGGUUCUCGAAGAAGCGAUACUCUCAACCGAUUUGGCCGUUUACUUUAGAAAGCGUGGCGCUUUCCUUAGUAUAGCACGCAGUGGUAGUUACAACUGGGCCUACAGUGAUCACCGAGAUCUUUUGCGCGGAAUGCUGAUGACAGUCUGCGAUCUGGCCGCGAUUACGAAACCGUGGGAGGUCGAGAAAAGAGUAGCCGAACUCGUUAGUAGCGAGUUUUUCGAACAGGGCGACAUAGAGAGACGGACGCUCAACAUUACGCCUAUAGAUAUUAUGAAUCGAGAGAAAGAGGAUCAAUUGCCAAUGAUGCAAGUCGGCUUUAUCGAUUCAAUCUGCCUCCCUAUUUACGAGGCAUUUGCCCAACUAUCGGAUAAACUUGUGCCGCUCGUUGAUGGGGUCAGGAUGAAUAAGCAACAUUGGCUGGAAAUCGCUGAGAGCAAGUGUCAAGCGGAGAAUUGCACAAAUCACGAUAGGAUGCCGUCAACGUCGGUGUCUGAUAACGAGGAGACCAGCGAACAAGCGGACCAAUAGUCAUUAUAUUGACGUCAUUGAUUGCUAGAACGCACAAAACGGAGCCGUAGUGAUCGUCCUACAGUUACGUCAAAAAGAGAAAAAAAUACGGGAUAUAGUUUAUCUUUUACAGAUCGUCUCCAGUGGCAACUGGUUUCCUUGUCUCAAUUAUCAGGGCUUGUGUCCUGCGCGAAACAGGUGAUAUACAUACAUAUAUACAUAUAUAAUGUUUAUAUGUAUAACAGACUCUACACUACUUCAUUUCCGUCAAUUAGAUUUUUACGGAUUCCACAGAUCUGCUGAUCAAAUAGACCAAACAUUCAACUUUUUCGCGUUGAACUCGUGUAUCUUAAUCAAAAUUGUUCUGUAUAUUUAACAUAUAAGUCGAAAAAGUUAUAAAUACGUCGAUUGAACAAUCUUGCGAAAUACGAUGAGAAAGAUCUUUGUUCUCUCUCUCUCUCUCUGUCUUACCUUGUCUCUUAAUUCUCCUCCCUCCUUUCGUUUUCGCCAUCGUUCCCCCUCCUUCGUCCAUCUAUUUCUCUCUGUUUGUCUUCCUAGAAACUAAACUGAUCAAUCUCCAUAUACGCUACUAUUGUACCUGAUUGUAUUGUACAUAUAUUUACUACGACAGACUUUCGAUGUAGACAGAGAAUGAAGACAGGGAGAGGGAGUUGAUGCUCUAAAAUAUAUGUUGUACAAUAGUUUUCGACACAAAUCGACUCGUCUGAAGGACACAACUGAAUGGAACGGCGCCUAUACGCGCUAAUUAGAUUAUAUAUUUGUAUACCAAAGUGUAAAUUUAUAUAUAUAUCGAGAUCGAUUGCGACUACGGUCAGAUGGUAAAAUAGCAAUUUAAACGGUCUGUGACACAUGCUAAUUAAUUAAUUAGAAGUUAAUUGCGGCAGACAUGGUACCUGCCAGGCUUCUCAGUUGCUUUGUCUUUGCUUUCUAUUUCAAAAAUAGAUUCCUCCAAUCGAUCCUGACCCGAACAGCUGUUUUUCGUCUUUGCGUGGAGCUAUCAUAUCUUAUUAGAAUAAAUUAUACAAACAUUCAGCAACAAAUGACAGUACCUAUAUAUCUUUUAUUAUAAUUGUAAAGUUUAGCAUUUUUUUCAUGUGUGUUUUACUUUCUAUAUCAAUAAUAUUUAAUGAUAAAUAAUGUACGUUAAACACUUAUCAUAGAUACGACUCGUGUCUACGAUUUGAUAACAAGAGAAACAUGCAUAUCAUUAUGUGUUUGCUGAAACAGGAUAGCCUUCGUAUCUGUUAUCAUAUCAUAAAUGGAAAGCAGGACGCCUGUGGAUUAUAAGAAGGGACUAAUCUCGUAUUCUUGUCGUUCAACAAAUUUACCUGGCACAUAUACUAUGGCUACGAAAAGACGAGAAACAGUUUAGGCAUUUAGUAAUCGCAUGUGUGAUCGUUUACUUAUUAUAUAAUCAUAGCGCGUGACUUCCUCUAUAUGUUCCUUUAAUCCUGCAAUUUUUAAAGUGAUCUUUUUGUUUAUUUUUUACUUUAAUAUAUCCGACUCCAAGCGGUACUUGGUUCUGCGUCGCCCCCACAAAUAACGACGAAACGUGGGAUAAAGUGAUGAAAAUGUAACAAGUGUGAUAAAAUUUCCUCGUGUGCGCGUAACUGUAUAGCGCGGGUGUAUGCUCUCGAAAGGAGAAUGCAAGAGCUAUUGUACAGUUAUUUUUGUGUAAAUUAUAUCGUGAAAUGGCGCACCUCUAUCGUUACGAUAAUAACGAUGAUAGCGCGCAAGUCAUAUAUUAUAUAUAUACAUAUAUAUAUAUAUAUAUAUAUAUAUU